UUAUAUAUACAAGUCAGAUUUCUUCGCGACUCCUAGUGAACUGGUAUUCACCGACUCGGUCGCAUCACGUACACUUCUUCACCAUCACAUCCCAACGCCGACAAUGAAGCUAAAGCUACUCACAGCCUUCCUGUUCCUGGCAGUUUUAAUCAACUUAUGUUCGGCACGACCUGCUGAAGAAGAAUACGAUUAUGAGGAGGAACCGGCUCCUCCGCCGAAACCAGUAGCACGCCCAAUCGUUGGCAGACGUAGUCCUUUAAUUCGUGCAGGGGCUGGAUCAAAAGCAUCAACUACCACUACAACAACCCCAACACCAGACCUAAAGGAAAACGAGGAAGAAAUUGUAGAAGAAGAAUUACCUGAAGAAGAAGAAGCCGCACCGGCAGAAACCAGUUCGACAACAGAAUCGGGAAGGAAACUUAAGGGGGGAAUCUUAAGACCUUUCAGAAGCAAUGAAGAUCUUCUAGCAACUUUAAAGAAAAGGAGAGAACAAGCUGUUUCUAACAAAAACCAUUUAAAAGCUCAAGUACAUGAACCCCAAGAAUCAUCACCUGUAGCUUCAGAAGCUGAAAAGCCAGCAACGCCUUCGAAACCGAAACUUUCUUCUGGAAGAAGAAAAUUCAAUAAAAACGAUAACGUCAAUCAAGAUGCAGAAGUGUCUUCUUCUGCACCAGCAAGGACGAGCAGAAGAUUCAGAAACUAGUCUCUUACAAUAUAGGUAGAUCAUCAAAACAAAUACGUUUGGAAAAAAAAAAUCAGCGUUAUUUUUCUGUAACUACACAUAAAUUUAGGGAGGCGUCACACUGGGCGAACAAAAGUGAAGUGAAACAAAAAAAGAGCAGCGCGAGCCGUCUAACGAAAGACGGACUGACGCUCGAUAGUCAAUCAUCAAUACAGCCUGUACCGCUUUUUAUUACCUUCAAAUUUACUCGCUCAGUGUGAAUAGUUCUUUACUCUUCCUUUUUGAAAAUAUUAGGUAGUGAAAACCACAAUUUCAACCGCAAAAAAAUGCGUUUAGCCAUUAUAAUGCCAUGGAACUUUUUAUAAAAUCUUUCUGAGAAUCCUAGCUCGUCGUUUCGUGUUACAAUUUUUAAAAAGAAACCUUUACGAGUUUUUAAUAAUGAAAUUGAUAAUUUUAAACUAAUCACAGCGGUACUGGCUCCUCAGGCGGCUUGGUGACCUUUGGGGUGCAUCUAUCUAGAAGAAGAAGGCCGACUUUCAUAGACAGGUAAUUAGUAGUGCCACUUCUCUCUAUAUCAGUGACCUUUCGCGUUCGAUUAUUAUCGUUAUUAUUUUUAUUUCCUAACGUCGUGUACGACCUAAACGCUUAAUAAAUUGAAAA